CUCGCUCUACGCCUCAGCCAAUCGCCUCUCGCUCUGCUCUUCUCGAAAACAUGUCGCCCAUGAAGCUGUGUGUUCCAGGUGACAAACUGUGCAGCACAGAAGACUGUAUUCCCGGCACAGGAGUAUAUCUACGGCACGGCUACAUAUACUCCUCACUAGCGGGCUAUGUGCUGAGAAAAAACGAAGGAGAGGAGGUGAGGGGUGUGGUGGCUGCUGUGGGUAGGAGAGUCAGGCAUGUGAUACAGUUACCUGUGAUCUCAGUAGUGAGGGAAACGGAAACACAGCUGCUGCCAGAUGUAGGAGCAAUAGUCACCUGUAAGGUGACCAGCAUCAACCCCAGAUACGCCAAGGUCCAUAUUCUCUAUGUAGGUUCCACACCACUGAAGGACCGCUUUAGGGGGACCAUCAGGAAAGAAGAUGUACGCGCAACAGAAAAAGACAAGGUGGAAACAUACAAAAGCUUCAGACCUGGUGACAUCGUCCUUGCAAAAGUGAUUUCCCUCGGUGACGUUCAGUCCAACUACUUGUUAACAACUGCAGAGAAUGAGUUGGGAGUUGUAGUGGCACACAGUGAAACAGGUGUCCAGAUGGUUCCCAUCAGCUGGUGUGAGAUGCAGUGUCCAAGGACACACAACAAAGAGUUCCGCAAAGUGGCGCGUGUGCAACCGGAAUAUCUACAGGCAUGAGUCCUGAAACUUCUUUUUCCCUCACAAGGAACACACAGCUUCCCCCCCUCCUUCAGUCGCUAUUGUCAAGAUGUUCAGAUGUUUGACUGAGACUGGACAAGUAUGCGAUUUGUUGGUUACUCCUAGUUUCAUGUCUUUCGUAAGUGUUAUUAAAAAUAGUUUUCCCUAUGCACAUUGUGUCAUCAGUGGAUUGUGCCAGGUUAAAGAAAAACACUGAAGCAGCAUCAGACCAAACGGCUACUCUGUCAGGACAUACAGUAUUCUUAAUGAGACUUCAUAAUCCCAGGGUGUUACAGUGCAGCUGUCAAACGUUUGGUGAUCUCAUGUUAAGAAAAAAAGUGAACGCAUUUUUUGUAUACGGGAAUCAUUACACAAGGCAGAGGUUGCAUUUGGUCUGAAAUGAGGAUGCGAUUAAGAAGAAAAAAGGUUGCAUAUAUAAAGUGUUAGUGCCAUCUCAGGCUCCUGAGGCUGUUUUCAAGUCAACAGGUGGACAAAUGUCCACACCGCAGUUUUACAGGAAAAAAAACAGGUUUGAAAGAGCCUGCAAUUCAAACCAACUUACAAUGCAGCUACCUACCGUUCACGGAAUACUGAAGUAUAACGCAUGAUAGUCAGAUAGUUUUUUUGUUUUACAGCACACUGUGAGCCCACGACGAGCUAGAAGAAAUAUUUCUAUUUUGCCUUUGAAGAAAGUGAACUUUAUUCUUUCCUGAUUUCUCUCUUCACUACCAAAAGAUGUUGUGCAAGCUAUAAAUAAAAGGACUAUCAGAAACUGUUAA